GAAAAUGAAAGUAAUUAAAUACAGGAGGUAUCCACCAACAAAUCAUAAUAUUUAUUUAUUUAAGGUGAGAUUAGACUUUUUCCCAAAGGAAAAAGCUGAUGCGUGUUGGGUUCGUGAUUCUCAAUUUCUUCUUCUUCUUCUUCAGAUCAAUCUUGAAGAAUCACGAACCUAAACCCUUUUCUUAUCUUCAAAAUCUCUCCCCAAAACCCUUUGUAAUUUCCUUUAAACUUCAUCAUCAUUCGACUGUAACUUACUUGGGGGAUUCUAAAGGAGGAUCAUCGAUUGUAAUCGCAGGGUUGUAUUUGAACCUGUACAGAUAAUAUUUACUCGAAAUGGGUUGGCUUAGCAAAAUUUUUAAAGGCUCCAACCAUGAAGUUUCAGAAGGGGGGGAAUAUAACUGGAGAUAUGAAGAGCAUACCACGUCAAACGGAAAUUAUCCGUCUACAUCAUGGGAUCCUCAUUUUGAGAUGGAAGAAAUUGAUCGUGCACUCGCGAUGUCACUUGCAGAAGAAGAAGAAGAAGAAGAAGAAGAAGAAGAAGAAGAAGACGAAGAAGAAGAAGGGAGAGAGUCACAUGUGAUUAGUGAUGAUUCUCAACUGAAAGAAGAUGAACAGCUCGCAAGGGCUCUACAAGAAAGUCUGAAAAUUGAAUCUCCAUCCAGAUAUAGAAACAAAAAUAGAAAUAGAAACGGAAAUGUAAAUGUAAAUGUGAAUGGGAAUGGACAUGUAAAUGUAAACGGAAAUGGGAAUCUAUAUCAACCUAUACCGUUCCCAUAUUCGACAGGAUUCAGGAUAUGUGCUGGUUGUAAUUAUGAGAUUGGCCAUGGAAGAUUUUUAAGUUGCAUGGGCGCAGUUUGGCAUCCGGAAUGUUUUAGAUGUCAUGCAUGUAACCAACCAAUUGCUGAUUAUGAGUUUUCCAUGUCGGGAAAUUACCCUUAUCACAAAGCUUGCUACAAGGAGCACUAUCAUCCAAAAUGUGAUGUUUGCCAUCACUUUAUUCCAACAAACGCCGCGGGCCUUAUUGAAUACCGGGCACAUCCUUUCUGGGCCCAGAAAUAUUGUCCAUUUCAUGAGCAUGAUGGGACUCCUAGGUGCUGUAGUUGUGAGCGAAUGGAGCCACGUGGAACAAGCUAUGCUGCUCUUAAUGAUGGUCGGAAACUUUGCCUAGAGUGUCUCGACUCUUCAGUCAUGGAUACAAGCGAAUGUCAACCACUAUAUCUUGAUAUACAAGCGUUUUAUGAAAGCUUAAAUAUGAAAGUGGAACAAGACGUUCCGUUACUUUUGGUCGAGAGACAAGCACUUAAUGAGGCUAUGGAUGGUGAGAGGAAUGGUCAUUCCCACAUGCCCGAGACACGAGGACUUUGCCUUUCUGAGGAGCAGACUGUCAGCACGGUUCUGAGACGACCAAGAAAUGAGGUGGGGAAUCGGGUCCCAGACAUGAGAACAGAACCAUAUAAGCUGACACGUCGCUGUGAGGUUACAGCGAUUCUCAUUUUAUUCGGGCUUCCUAGGUUGUUGACAGGAUCAAUUUUAGCUCAUGAAGUGAUGCACGCAUGGCUGCGGCUUCAAGGCUAUCGAACACUCAGCCUAGACGUUGAAGAAGGAAUAUGUCAAGUGUUAGCACACAUGUGGUUAAGAUCACAAACAGCCUUUAUAUCAAGUGGUAACACGUUAUCAAGACAAGGGAAACGAUCUCCAUUUGACAAGAAGCUUGUAGAAUUCUUCAAACACCAGAUUGAAUCUGACAUGUCACCGGUUUACGGAAACGGUUUCAGAGCUGGCCAUCAGGCAGUAGUUAAAUAUGGACUUCCAAGGACCUUGGAACACAUCGGAUUGACGGGGAGCUUUCCUUUCUAAAUUUAGAAGAUCAUCGGCUUACAUAAUUUUUCAAUGGAUUCUUUUGUUAAGAUUACAGAAGCUAUAGAAACUACAUUUGUAUGCUACCUGUAGAUAUAGUCUUAUGAUAAUAAAAUCCCUUAUUAUUGUCUGAUAGAUC